AACACUGCUUUAUCUACUACUUCCUCCUUUCCUUCCCUCCAUCUAUAUAUACAACUUCAUCUGCCUCUUAAUCUUUCAUAUCUUCAUCACUCUCUGAUCUUCUCUUCUAUUGCUUUUUCUGCCUUUUGUUCAUUUGAUUCGUGGGUGUUGAAUUUGAAGAGAUAAUUAUCGAAAUGGAAUUCAAAAAUUUGGUGUCAAUGGUUUCUCGCAGCGGUAGACAGUUGCAGCGUUACAAUAAAGGCCAACGCCAAGUUGUUGGAUGCAUACCUUACAGAUUAAAAGGUAGCAACAUGGGAUCCGAUAAGAACUUAGAGGAUGCAUUAGAAGUUCUUGUGAUUAGCGCACAAAGAAAAGGCAAAGGAAUGUUGUUCCCGAAGGGUGGUUGGGAAUCCGAUGAAUCAAUCAAAGAAGCUGCUUUAAGAGAAUCAUUAGAAGAAGCUGGAGUAUUUGGAACUGUUGAGGGUCAAUUGGGUAAAUGGUCCUUCAAGAGCAAAGGCAACGAUGGAUAUUAUGAAGGUCACAUGUUUCCAUUACUUGUGAAAGAGCAACUUGAUUUCUGGCCAGAGAAAGAUAUUCGCCAAAGAGUUUGGGUGAGUGUACCAAAAGCUAAAGAAGUUUGUCAAUAUUCUUGGAUGAAAGAAGCAUUGGAUUUGUUAGUAACAAGACUAGAGUCAACUCCUUCAAGCAAUUUAUAAGCAUUCGAUAACAUGUAAAUAUGAAGAGAUUUUACAAAUUACAAGACAAAGAAACAAAAAGGAAAUAGAAGAGAGAUUGAUUAUUUAGGGAUCAUUGUUAACAAUAAUUUUAUUUUCGUUUGGGAAUUCAUACUUCUAGAGACAGGUUAGGAAGUGGUCGAUAGUUUAGUCUUCUCUUUUAAAUGUUUCUAGAUUUGUACAAUUUUGAUCAAUACAAUGAAACUUUCUUUCUUUCCAA